GGAAGUUUAGUGGUUUCUUACGUCAUCGCUUGCUGCAGCUUGGUUGUGCCGGUGCAGAGUGAAGGUAGGAACAGUCAACUCUUUUUCUUACGCUUUCUUAUUCUUGUUUUACCUCAAAGUCACUCUGAAACUUGAGAGGAGUAGCAGUGACAGUGUGUUAGGGGUGGAAUGGUAGGGGUCAGGGGGAUGGAGAGGUAGGGUCAGGCUCAGAGGCUUCAUGUUCUACGACGGGCCUGCAGUCACAACGACGUACAAUUCAAUUGACUUCCGCUGCAGUGAGAGGGCCACAAUGGCUGCGAGAGGCAGGGAGGAGAAGGCCUUUAUCGGUCACGGAGAACAGCCAGAGCCAUGAUUAGGGGUGUCAGUGUGUACAUCAGCAUAGGAAGACUAGGCGUUAUUGAAUUUAAAGUGUCCCCAAAUCACAGCACGGAGAGGGAGUCUGGGAGUUUUGGGGUGAAGGGUGUGGCCUGUUUAUUUUGUGAAGAAGACAUUAAGGGGAAGUGAAGAGUGAUGCGUGCUGUAGAUUUUGAGCGAUGCUCACAAGUGAUCAAAUUAAGUGUUGUGUUGGUGUACGCUAAUUGAGAAGAUGAUUUUGCUGGUUUCAUACUUUGCAGAGUGCCACAAAGACAGCAUGACCUAUCACAAUGCCUUAAAACACAGCUCGUUAUAGCACAGUAUAGCACUGCACAUCACAGAGUGGAACAAUAAAAUUAAUGAAAUGCAAUGAAGAAAACAACACAGUGUAAAUGUAUAUGAGCACCUCAUGGUCACGUUACCCUUGACCAAGUCAUACAGAAAAUUCAUAUAUCAGACACGCAUACACGCACAGAGAGUUGACCACAGGGCUGGAUGUGCGAGAGGUUGCGGCAGGAGAAAAGAAGAGAUGCGGAGACUCCGGAGAAAAGGAGGGAACAAUGAGAAGGUGUUUGGCUGUGACCUGUUGGACCACUUGUCCACUUCCUGUCAGGAGAUUCCCCAGGUGCUGCGAAGUUGCAGUGAAUUCAUUGAGGAGCAUGGGGUGGUAGAUGGGAUCUAUAGGCUAUCUGGGGUGUCAUCCAACACACAGAAACUAAGGGGUGAGUUUGACAGUGAGGGGACCCCAGAUCUCAAUAAGGAUGUGUACCUGCAGGACAUUCACUGUGUCAGCUCUGUCUGCAAGGCCUACUUCAGAGAGUUACCCAAUCCCCUCCUCACAUACCAGCUCUAUGACAAAUAUGCUGAAGCUGUGGCGAUACAGUUGGAGGAGGAGAGGCUGGUUAAGAUUAAGGAUGUGCUGAAAGAGUUACCCGCUCCCCAUUACAAAACUCUAGAGUUCCUGAUGCGUCACCUUGUCAAGAUGGCUUCUCAUUCCUCACACACCAAUAUGCAUUCCCGGAACCUCGCCAUUGUUUGGGCACCAAACCUUCUCAGGUCAAAGGACAUUGAGGCUUCAGGGUUUAACGGUACAGCAGCCUUUAUGGAGGUGAGGGUCCAGUCUAUCGUGGUGGAAUUCAUCCUCACCCACGUGCCCCAGCUGUUUCCUGAUUCAGGCAUUGCGGAGCGUCGGAAGUCGCUCCCAUCUCCCUCUAUACACAAUCCAGAGGAACCUUUCUUCCGGGCCAUUCCAUUCCACGUAGGCAACAUCAGCCCAGGGGACGGUCCCCCUGCCAUGCGCUCCUACCACGCCAUCAUAGACGGGACAGACAAGAGGAAGGGAUCUCUCAAGGGCAGGAAGUGGAAGUCCAUCUUCAAUUUAGGAGGCAGACUCCAUGACCCGAGACGGAGGAACAAGAACUCAGCCAAAGAUAAAGAGAAAACUAUCUUGAGGCCAGCGAAGAGCAUGGAUUCCCUGAGCUCUGUGCCCUAUCCGCAUGAAGGUUCCAGACAACGAGCCCCUUCCACUGUGAUGUCCCCCCUGGCUCAGCCAUCUCCCUCUACCCAGGGGGGUGCGGAGGGAGCGGCAUCCAGUAGUGGUGGUGGUGUGGGCAGCGGGUAUGCUGUUACCUACCGGAGGGGUCAGGGGGCUAGUGUGAGUGUAGUGAGCGGGGGCGGGGGAACACAGGGCAUAUACAGUCGACUAGACAGUCACUGUGGUGGGGGCAACAGCACUGAGGCGCUGCAACCCCCAUCCAGAUCCCCAGGACUCUCCAGCAAAGCCGACCGGCGGGCAGGGAUCCACAUCUCCGGACCUUUCUCGGUCACAGUGCCCCUUCACAUCACAUCAGGCCUGGCCUUUGGGGUGCUGCAGGGGGGUGGAGCGGAAAGGGGCAACCAUAGAGGAGGACAGGAGAGUGGAGAUAAAGGAGAGGGAAGGGAGGGUGAGAGACAGAAGGGAAGGGAGGGUGAGAGACAGGAGGGAGGUGAAGGGGAAAGGUACAUCCAAGUAGAAGUUAUGGGGGAGGACAAGACUGACCUAGGCAAGAGAAGAGAUGAAGAGGUAACGGGGGAGAGGAGAGGUGAGGCAGAGGAAGAUCAAGUUGAAGGAAAAGGAGGAAGAGGAGAAGAGGAAGUGAAUGGGGACUGUGUAUCUAAGCCAUCAGAGGAGAGGAUUGUAGAGAGUGAGGGUGAGGGUGGAGAGGAGGAUGCAGAGAACCAUGACAACGAUGAGGAAGAGGGAGAAUACAUGGAUAUGAAAGGCUCUGUGCAGACUGCCCUGGAUGCCCCAGAUAUGUCAGGUGUCAGAAAUGAUGCAGUUGCUAUCGAUGUGCCAUUCCCUCUGAUGGAGGAGGACAAUGCACAAGACCAGGACUGUCCACUGGACUUUCAGGAUACUUUUGGAUUCCUGGACCUCAUGGACAGCAGUGUCUCCAGCCAGAUGUUCCAAGAGUUCUCAGUGGAGCCUCAUCAUGGGGAUGAUGAGUAUGAGGACGAGGUGGAGCAGAGAUCCCCUGGACUCUCACAUGACAGACCAGACCCUGUCACACAACCACCUGUAGACACACAGACACAAAUACAAACAGGCCGGCAAACACAAAAGCCCAUACACAGACCUCUAAGCAUCGAUCAGUAUGGGCGGGCCAACAAGUCAAUGAGUCUGCCUUACAUGUCCCGGCCCUUCCUGCCUGCUCUGUCUUCGUCCUCUGAAGAAGAAGAGGAUGAAGAAGAUGAUGAUUACGACAAAGAAGAUGAGGAGGAGGAUGAUGAGGAUGAUGAUGACAUGUUUUGUAAAAGUCUACCAUCUAGUUUGGUGUUCAACAGACUGACAUGGAGUGGACCUCAGACUGACUUGGAGAACAGUUUGUCCCUACCUCCUAUGCCCUCACAACAACUGGACAGUGCCUCUGAUGAUGGACCAAUUCCAAGUUCUGAGGCCAGAAUGACCCCUGAGCACUUGGACAUUGAUUCCCCUGACUGCUGUGACCCAUCAGUGGAGGUUUUGAGGCAUAGCAAGGCUGAAGAAGAGAAUAGACUGGAAGCAAUGAAACUGGUUGAGGAGGAGGAUAUGGAACAGGAUCGAGACAGCCAGGAGAAAGACCAGGCAGACACCCUGACGAAUACAUGCACAAAAAGCACUGACAUAGAAGAAAGUUGUCACUUGGUUGAAACCAGCAUCAUGGAGGAAGAGGAAACUCCAGAUGACAUUGAGAGGAGCCUCGCUUCAGCAUCUGCAUCAACUGACUGCGAGGAGGCCUCACUGCAGACCACUGCAGAGGGAAAGGACACUAGAGUUCACCUGAAGCUCAAAGACGAGGAAGAGGUCCUGAAGAGUCACUGUGCUGAAGAAGGUGUGAUUUCAGAGGGUUAUAAUGGUGAUACAGUGAGCGAAGCUGAGGCAGAAAAUCCAAAAGAGCAUUUACUCACAGCCUGUCAUAUUGUUUCCUGUGCUAAAGAGCCAGAGAACAUAGUCAAUGAGCAAUCAGAGGAAGUUUCUAGAGAUUCCGCUGGGGAUGUAAAGGAGCAUCCUGAAAAAGGUGCUAAGAGGGAGAGAGAGGAAGAGAAGGAAGAUGGAGAGGAGAAGGUAGAGGAAGAGAUGGAGGAAAGAGAAGAUAGAAAUGGGGGAGAAUGGGACAAACAAGAGGGAGAAGAAACAACACCUGAGAGCGAGGGAGAUAUGGGCAAAGGAGAGGAGAGAGAGGUAUUAAAGGAGAUGGAAAAAACAGAGGAAAAGGAUGUGGGGGUGAGGGUGGAAGUGGAGGAGAAGGAACAAGGAGGAAUGAUUGAAGAAGAGGAGGAAAGAAUAGCAGGUGAUGAAAGGGAAGUAGGAGAAGAGGACACAAAGCAGGAAGAGGUCAUUUCUGAAGAGAUGAUGAGCAUAGUAGCGAGGGAUGACAUGAUGGAAAGUGGAGAGAGGAAGGAUAGGGAAGGAGAGACUGAGGGAAGGACAUUUAUGGAGGAAGUGAUAGAAACCAAAGAAGAUGGAGAGAUGAUUGGAGUACAACAGAAAGAGAUCAUGAAAGAGAUAGAUAAGGAAGGAGAGAGUAAGGCAAAUGAAGAGAUGAGUGCAAAAGAAGAGGCGAAGAAGAGAGCGCAUGAAGGAGUGGAUACCAUGGGAGAGAAAGAGGCAGCUGAAGAGGGGGUGGAAAAGAUGUCGAUUGAUAAUGAGAAGCGGAAACAGGACCUAGAGGCACAGCAUGUUUUAGAGAGAAGAGAAAGAGAUAUGGAUCUAAUAAAGGAUGUUGUUGGAGAGGGAUAUGAGGAGGGAGAUAAAGAGAUGGAAGUGGGAGAGGUAAUCAGGGAGGAAGAAGGAGAUAGUAUACGUGUGGUCCAACAGGAGACGGAUAAGGAAGAGAAGAAGAAGAAAGGUGAGACAAAAGAGAAACUACAGACACCAACGAUAGUAGAGGAAAGAGAGGAAGAACUGAAAGAGGUCCAGAUAAACAGCCCAAAAAAAUAUGAGGGAGAGAAGGAAGCGAUAGAUAGUAAAGUGGGGUCUAAAAAAGGGGUGGGGAGAGUGCUGGUCGCGUCCAAACAACAAACAACUCCUAAAGUGUAUCAAGCAAGAUCAGUGCCAGUGGUACCACCCAAGCCACAUCACUGCCGAAUAACUGCACUGAACCUCAGACAACAGCAGCACCAGAGGGAGAGGAGAGAGACAGACGGAGACAGUGGAAAGGGAAAGGUACACAGGACUAUGGGACAGCAAGAUAAGGACAAGGAGAGAAAGAUGGAAGGAAAGCCAGAGCAUGACAAAGUCAGCGAGACAGAACGAGGGUGGAAUGAGGAUGGGGAAGAUGAGGGCAGAGGCAAAAGGGAGGCACAGUGGGGAGGGGAGAUGGAGAGGAGGAGAGAUGUGGAUGAGGGGGGAGUGAGAGACAUGACGAAGAACAGUCCAAUCAGUAUGUGUUUUGAUGAAGCUGUUGCCAUGGGAAUCAAGAGAGGGAGAGAGAAAGAGGGCAGUGAAAGGGAGAAAAAGAAAGAGAGAGGAUAUGAAGUACAAUAAAGAGAAAGAGGUGGACAUAAAAGCCAGUAAAUGUUAUAGUCAUUGACUCUAUCUGGACAGUUAGUAUACAAACAGAUCAUUUAUAUAUAGUUAUAUUUUCCAUACUGCCUGUAUAAUUCAGCCUGGGCCUAGAACCCCGUCCCACUAAGAUUCAGGGCUACUCAGAAAACUGAUCCUCCACAGACUUCUCUCUCUCUCCGUCUGUAAAUGUCCUACUUUUUGUUGCUAUUUUCAACCUAUUAACUAACUUACAAUUUUUACUUGGUUUUAUUCGAUCUACAAAGAGUUGUACAUUUACACCCAGGUAUGGAAAUCUCAGGUAUCACAUCUCAUGCAUAACCAUGGGUAUUGUGAGCAAGCAAAUGUAAUAACUUCUGAGUAGCAUUGUCUAGAGAUGUCAUUAUUUGUAUCAAUUCCAUAAACCAAAGCAUUUUCUGUUUUUAAUUAGUUUUUGUGAAUAAACUUAUUCUGCA